AGCUAUCGCGUUAUGGCUAUUGACCAUCAAAGGGUCACCUGAAUAUGACGUCACUACACGACCUUUUUAAAAUGGUAGAUGCUAGAAGGCAUCGAUGUUGUCCUAUGCUUCUUAUAUACAGUCUAUGAACGCGGCACUAGCAUCAUGUCUCUCAGUAAAGGAAAACGAUUUGCCUGCAUUAACCCCAAGCAGAACAUUUCUGACUUUCCUGCUUUGAAGGACUGUCUGCCAGUCAGGUAUGAUUACCAUGUAUGUGAUUAUAAAACAUUAAGUGAGACAGGUGAUCAUAUUAACUAUAGCGCCAUUCUUCGAAUGGCCUUGUACACAGAGUAUGAUAUAAAGCUGUGGCUGAAAAGUCACACAGUCACUUGGAGGGUGGACCGAACAUAUCCAAGAAAGGGCCAGAAAGUUCUUUUCAAGGUGGACUUCAGAUGCCAACGCAAUACGAGACCUCGCAAUGAAAACGCGGCAGGCAGAAGCCAGAUUACAAACUGCUCUGCUAAGAUGACUGUGACACUCCUACGCACUCAAGUGAGCAGAGGCAGGCAGAGUCUAAGCAAGGACCCUCACGUGCCUACCUUCCCCACAAUCGUGUCCAUCUGCAGUGACCACAACCACAACAUCUAUGUGGCUGAUGCACUGAGCCACCAUGAUGUUGGUGAUGACACAAAAGCUAAACUGAACAAGCUUUUUGAAGCAGGACACUGCCCAAGUUCAGCUUUAGAUGUGCUGAAGUACGAUCUAUCCCCGCAGACCCUAUCUUGCCAAUCCCUGUCUUUGUCACAUCAAGCUGCUGCAGCAGGAUUUGCUGAAAUGUGCCGGGAGCUUUCAGCCAUGGUCAACAGCGACGCAUCAUUUACAGCCUCCUCAAUAGCUGCAGUAAAGGCCUUUAAAACAAUAAAAGACAAUCCGUCAAAGAUCAUGACAGCCUUACAUAUGUUUGGCCGCUCAAAAAACACCAGCUUGGCAUCUGUAAGAUCUGGAGCUAUCCGUAGGGCAGCCAGGCAUGCUGGCCCUGCUAUUCGUGCACAGCCAACAGCAGUGGCGAGAUGUCCUGCCAAGGUAACGACAGGACCUGACCAUGUUUACAGCCAGUCAGCCAGUCAAGAGGGUCCGAACACAAGCUCCCCAUUAUCCGGCACACUCUGGGUCGGAGCACAAAAGCCACCCAAAAUGAAAAAAUGAAUUGCCAAUCUGUCAUCUUCCUCACACACACACACACACACACACACACACACACACACACACACACACACACACACACACACAGUUUAGCUGUCUUCUGUAUUUGGUUUCUUUAUUAAACACUUUUAGUGUG